ACGCCAAAUCCCUGCUCUUUCCCAGAAAGUCCCGUUCGAGCUGCCGCUGCAGGCGGGCCUCAUGCCGCGGAUGCUCAUAACCGUCACGGGGACGACGAACGCAAAACCAAACAGAUUUUCCCUGGAUUUCAAGCGAGGGCACGAUAUUGCCUUCCACUUUAAUCCCCGCUUCAACGAGGAUAACAGAAAAGUCAUCGUCUGUAAUUCAAUGUUGCAGAACAACUGGGGAAAGGAGGAGAGAACGGCACCUAGGUUUCCCUUUGAAGCUGGAAAACCCUUCAAGCUCCAGAUCCUUUGUGAGGUGGAUCACUUCAAGGUAGCAGUCAAUGAUGCUCACUUGCUGCAGUACAACUACCGGGAGAAGAGACUGAAUGAAAUCACCAGACUCUGCAUUGCUGGGGACAUCUCUCUCACCAGCGUUAUGCCUACCAUGAUAUAACUAAGGCUGUAAUUACCAUAUGGAUAUCGAUACUCCACACUGAGGGAUUUUGUGGGAAACUGUCCAGUGCUGGUUUCAACAUCUUGAUUUAAACAUUGCAACAGAGAUUCCAGAUGAGAGUCUUAGUGAUGGAGCAUUUAGUUCAUUUCUUACAUGACAGUUUGGCAUGAUUUACAUGCAGUCUUUAACUAUUCCAAACAGACAACCACACAGCAGAAUGCAGUGUGCUAAGACAUUUUAGAACAAGCUGAUAUAUUUCUACAUCACAAAAGAGUGCCUGAGAUGCAAGCAAGAUCCUAAAGAUAGAGCUGUCUCAGUAUAUCAUCUGAUAACGAGUUUAACUGCAGCACAAACAUCCAUAUGUUGUUUCCAGUGCUUACUAGCUAGCACUAGCCAGGGCAUGGUCUUUACAGCACACUAUGCUGAGCAGUUACUUAUCAAGACAGAGCUCGACA